AUUUAGUUUGUUCAUAAAAGAAACAUUUAUUGAAUUUUCCAAUGACAUUGCAUCGCACCUUAAAAAAUUCUAAAUUCCAUUGCUCUCUCGUUGACCCAAAGAAGAGUUUCCUUCGUUUAGUUUCCUUUAUCGGCCAAAACACGGCGCACGCGCUUUCAUUCGGAAAAAAAGUCUUAUCUUCUCUUAAAAAAAAUAGUCUCCUUUCGUCUUCAGCUUCUUCCGGGUUUUCUGAUAACUCUGCUUCGAAAUCUGUAAAUCUCGGAUUCAGAUCGAAACUUCGAUUCCACCAUCUUCUGCGUCCUUCCUGCUCAGCUCUUCGACCUACUUGUUUGUUGUCUUCUCGGUUUUUUUUUUUCUCACUCUUUCGAUGAAAGAGAACCGGAGAUCCACUAGAUCGAUGUUAAAAAUGCGUUCUCUCGUCGCUUUUGUGGUCAUUCUUAGCUUUGGUCCGUGCUUUUCUCUUAAGGAAGAAGGUGUAGAUUUCCAGAAAAGUGAGGAUAAAUUGGAAAAGGAUCUAUGGUCAGAUGAAGAUUCAGCGAUUUUGAAAGCUGUUGUAUUUCACAGGAAAACACUUGUCCGUAAUAACCAACUCACGUACAACGAUCUGGCUUCGAUAAAAAAACACCGCCGUGCGGCUGCGGCGGUAGCCGCCACGCCACGAUCAUCAUCACCGAGACCUUCUCCAAAAGCUGUUUCAACAGUUCCAGUUCCGGAGCCACGGAAGAAAUCAUCUACACAAGAUGUUUCUCCUUCACCUCCUCCAUCUGUGCCUCUCGCAAACUCUCCCACUCCAAGAAGAUCUGGCUCUUCUUCGGUGGCUGUUCCUCUAGUGAUUGGCUGCAUAGGCGGUGCUGCUCUGCUUCUCCUCGUAGCGAGCGGCGUGUUCUACCUCAGAAAUAAAGCAGGAGAAACCGUGAAUCCUUGGCGUACAGGUCUUAGUGGACAACUUCAGAAAGUGUUUGUAACUGGUGUCCCCACUCUCAAAAGAUCCGAGAUUGAAGCUGCAUGUGAAGAUUUCAGUAACGUCAUUGGAUCGUGCCCCAUUGGGAAACUGUUCAAAGGAACACUCUCAAGUGGAGUGGAGAUAGCUGUUGCUUCCAUUGAUACUACUUCUGCUAAAGACUGGAAGGACAAUACAGAAAUGCACUUCAGAAAGAAGAUUGAUAUGCUAUCCAAGAUGAACCACAAGAAUUUCGUUAACCUUCUUGGCUACUGUGAAGAGAAUGAGCCUUUCACCAGGAUCUUGAUCUUUGAGUAUGCUCCAAACGGGUCACUCUUUGAGCAUUUACACUAUAAAGAAUCAGAACAUCUGGACUGGGGAAUGCGGUUAAGAAUCGCGAUGGGCUUAGCAUAUUGCCUUGACCACAUGCACCAACUCAAUCCACCAAUAGCUCACACCAAUCUCGUCUCGUCAUCUCUUCAGCUCACAGAGGAUUACGCUGUCAAAGCAGCAGAUUUCAGUUUCGGUCCAUCCGAGACAGAGAUCUCAGCGUUCAACCCUGAAGACAACGUUUACAGCUUCGGUUUACUGUUGUUCGAGAUGAUAACCGGAAAACUCCCGGAAGAUAGCGUCUUGGUUGAUUUCGUAAGAGGAGAGAGUCUAGGCAAGAUGGUAGAUCCAACACUGGAAUCUCACGAUGAGAAGAUCGAGAAUAUAGGCGAAGUGAUCAAGUCAUGCGUCAGGACAGACCCGAAGGAGAGACCUACGAUGCGAGAGGUCACGGGAUGGUUAAGAGAGAUCACGGGAGUAUCACCUAGCGAUGCUACACCGAAACUAUCACCUCUUUGGUGGGCAGAACUGGAGGUUUUGUCCACGGCAUGAGAGAGAGAGAGAGAGAGACAUUCACCAACAAAAAUGUAAAGUAUUUUGAAGAUGUGUGAAGUUUUGUGAGUGUCCUUUUGUUAGUUAAUCAGGAAAUACAAGCUGAAGUUGUUUGUUGCUUUAUCUUCAAGUUAAGUAAAUCCUAUAAACAUGUAUAGAUAGAUUAGUGUAUAUAUAUCGGAAAAAAAUCUUGUGAAAACUUUAUUACUCUUGCUCUAGAUGAAUGUGUAUAUUUGUUCUUUUUUUAAAAAGUCUCCUGGAAGAUUUUGUACCAAAAUGGUAGAGAAGGA